CACAGCGCAGCAACUGUUUAUAUCUUCCUCCCGGCCCUACGCAUCGUCUCAGCCCGGGUUUCAACCAGAUUUUAGACGGGCGAAUUUUUAAGCUUUGAGUUGCAGCGUUCUCCAGUUUGAACUUGUGCCCGCCUCUUCACACCCUUCAAUUCGAUCCGAUUGCAGGAAUAGAGAAUUGUUUUAUUAACUUUGCUGGUCGAUUAUGCUCUAAAAAAUCAUUCGAACUCCGAAGAAUCUGUAAUUCAUCUUCAAAUAUUUAAAAUUGCAAUCUCGGAGGCACCAUUGUUUCAAUACUUGUGUUGCUGGCACCAAUUUUUCCCCACUGCCAGAUAUGGCUUGCUCAUCUGAACACAAGGUGGAUAUAUGCCUGCAAUGCGGUGACCAGGGAUUUGCUAACGCUUUUGUCUACUGUGUCAAGUGUCUGGAGUUUGCUGUGCAUCGGUACUGCCUAGAUAUCAUUCCCGACACUCUUGAUGAAUUUGUUAUAUGGAUUUGUGAUAAGUGCAUGUCUAAGGAUCCAAACAAAUUCAUUAUACAAAAUUCAGAAGCCAAUCAGGAUUGCUCCAAGAGAGUAAAGAAGAAGAGUGAUGAGAGUAUUAUCGCCAAGGAGAUGCAAGGGGCAUGCGCUAAAAUUGAUUUGACCAAAACACCUCAUCUUGCACGCGAUAGUUCAGUUGGGAAAGUGAAUGGGGGAGGGAAGCUUGAUGAACAGAUCAAUCAAUCUUGUGCCAAACACGUUGUUGGAAGUACACAAGAUGAGCAACCAUCUGGAGGGCGGCCCGUUAGUGAAAUUAUUUGGGAGGGAUGUUUCAAAAUAUGCAACAAAGAUUAUGAGAUCUUUGACGGGCUCGUAGCUCAUCUAUCAAUUAAGGCGUGUGAGAAGGUUUACAAGGAAGCAACAUUAUUCCCACCCAUGCUUAAACUGGAAAUGCUGCCCAAAUCUGCUAUUUGGCCCAACAGUUUCCGUAAUUCUGGACCAACCGAUGAAAACAUCGCCUUGUAUUUCUUCCCGGCUAACCCAAAAUGUGAACGGGGUUUUGAAUAUUUAGUUGAGAUACUGAUGGAAGAAGAAUUUGCAAUGAAAACAACACUGACUAACGCAGAGCUUUUGGUUUUUACUUCCAAAGAAUUGCCAAGGCAAUACUGGAGAUUCCAAGGGAAGUAUUAUCUGUGGGGAGUAUUUAGAGGAAAGCAACCAUCAUCAAAGGGGCCUAUUAAAAGAUAACAACUAAUGCUACGCCCUGUUCUUGGUUGCGAUCUUUUGAAUGCACAGGUAGAUUGUUGGCAACCAAAAACAAAAUCUUACCCGUUUUGGUUUGACUUAGGAUUGUUGAACUUGUAGUUCUUCAACUAUUUUUCUACUUGUGUGUAGGGCACUUACCUUACAUUGAGGAUGUUGCUCUUUCUGCAAGUAGAGCUUUACUGUGAAUAAUUUUUGAUGUAUUUC